CGCUGCCUGCACUCAGACUAUUCAAGAGGCGUUCAUGUAUGGUGCAGGGACUCUACCUCUGAGCUACAUUUUUUUUUCUAAAGCCUCACAGGUAUUAAGACAGGUUACGUCUGUUAAUAACUUUCCAUGAUUGCGUCUGACAUGUUUUGUGUGUCAUUUCAAUCUAAACUGAUACACUAAUCAAGACGUGUCUCGGAAUCUGCUGAGUGCGCUCACUGGAUGCUUUGGCCGAACAGGUGGCGCAAGCUCCGGUUAACGCACUUUAUCGGACGUUAAGCAUUUAAUACCCGCCCUAAAGGUGGGAGACAAACGGGCUGCGUAAUUUUGUCCCUUGUUAAAAGGGUACAUCUGACAAGGGAGCUGUGAUGCCAGUUGCAGACAGCGACAUGGUAGUAGACAACAGCCACGGGUUCUAUGAGGGUAAAUCCCUAAAUAGUGCCGGGAAUGACAGCAUCCCGUCCUCUCUAUGCAGUCCUGCGGCGGACAUCCUAAAGAACUUUUACCACACCAAACGGGUCGGGAACUAUCUGAUCGGGAGGAAACUGGGAGAAGGAUCGUUCGCCAAAGUUAGAGAAGGUCUCCAUGCGUUGACUGGUGAAAAGGUGGCGGUGAAGGUGAUUGACAAGCGAAAGGCCAAGAAGGACUCUUAUGUGACCAAGAACCUGCGGAGGGAGGGCCACAUCCAGCAGAUGAUCCGCCACCCCAACAUCACACAGCUGCUGGACAUCCUGGAGACGGACAACAGCUACUACCUGGUGAUGGAGCUGUGUCCCGGCGGGAACCUCAUGAACCGCAUCUACGACAAGAAGCGCCUGGAUGAACGGGAGACUCAGAAAUAUAUCCGGCAGUUGGUGCUGGCUGUUGAGCACCUGCACAGGGCGGGUGUAGUGCACAGGGAUCUGAAGAUAGAAAACCUCUUGUUGGACGAGCAGGACAACAUAAAGCUGAUAGAUUUUGGCCUCAGUAACUGCGCAGGCAUCUUGGGAUACUCAGACCCAUUUAGCACCCAGUGUGGAAGUCCGGCCUACGCCGCCCCAGAGCUUCUCGCCAGGAAGAAGUACGGGCCGAAGGUGGAUGUCUGGUCCAUUGGUGUGAACAUGUAUGCGAUGUUGACUGGGAAUCUGCCGUUCACCGUGGAGCCCUUCAGUCUGCGAGCCCUGCACCAGAAGAUGGUGGACAAGGAGAUGAAUCCUCUACCUCCCUCGCUCUGCACAGCUGCCAUCUGUCUUCUGAAGAAGCUUCUUGAGCCAGAUCCCAACAAGCGCCCCAAUAUCCAUCAGGUGAUGGCUGAUUCCUGGCUACAGCUGGCCAACAAGAACACAGGGGCACCGUACCUCAACAGGAUCCACAUCGAGGAAAUAAACCACACGGUGUUGCUGCAUAUGACGGAGAAGAUGAACUACAAGCACAGUGAGGUGCUGAGCGCCGUUCUCACCAACCGUGCCUGCCACACUCUGGCUGUCUACUUCCUCCUCAACAAGAAAAUGAAGAGACUCUCUAAAAAAUACAGGGAGAUGCAGUUCCAAGAAACAAAGAAAGGAGAAAAGCAGAAAACCGAAUACUUCCAGACCCAGUGGAGGAAGCACGUCGACAAGCUCACCAUUCCUCCCAAGCAGACGCCUGUCUACCUGGCUGUUGCCAAGGGGCCCAGCAAGGAGAAGAAACACAGAACAGGUAUAUUGCGUGCCAUAACUGGUGGCCAUCGUAAUUCACCUCUGGCACCACCCGGCACUGUUGCCUCUUCCUCCAUGGAAUAUCUAGAGAUCCAACCUCUCUUUUCCAACACCCCUAAGCAACGGAGGCGCUUGGCCACCCUGCCACAAGUCAACACGAGCCCAGAACACAACAUACCCGCCCCACCAGCACCAUCACCGAUUGGCAUGCAUUCUUUCGGCUCCCUCUCCAAAGCCGAGCAAAUCGAAGACACCCCCACAUCACCCUGGUACAAGCUGACCAACGGGACUCUGUCCCCGCCCCGCCACGUCUCCGCCUUCCAACCCGACUCCUCUUACUUGAAGAAGGCCACAAUCCCCAGUCCUCCUGUCCUCAUUGUCAACCCGCAGCCCAAGAAGAGCGUCUCGUCAGAUUGGGGCGGUUCUUCUGACACCAGCGGCAGCCCUCCCAGCACUAUAGGAAGCCCCCCAGGGAGCUCUGCUUUCAGCCCUCCGAAGUCCGCCUUCAGUGCCCUCAACCCCACCUCAGCAUUCAGUCCUCCUUCUAACAGCAGCAGCAGCGAUCCCGACAGCCCGACGCACCGCAGCAAGUUCCCCUCCAUGGGAAUCGGACAGCUCCUAAAGAAGAAAGUCAAGCUGCAGCCGUUCUCCUUCCGGCCAGAACAGGUCGUUGAGGAAGUGGUGUCCCCGCCUCCCUACCCCAUGCAGACUCUCCUCUGUGCUUCAGGUGCACUCAAGACCCUCUGCUGAGAGAUGCACGAAAAAAGUUAAUAAUAAUUAAAGAAAGACUGAACUCAAGGCCCCUCUCAACAUUUUGUUUAGGUUGGAGGUCUUCCAGAGCGGCCUUUUGAACUGUGAACUUCUCCCUUUUUAUUUUUAUUUUUUACGACUGAGCCACUUUUAAAAAGAAGAAGAAGAAAAGAAGAAAAGAAAAGGGGGUUUGAGUGAGUUAAAAUAAAAUAAUGUAUCUCUCAGUACCGCUCUCAUUAUGUAAUAAGAGGUGGUGACGCUGAGAAGAUGAGAUUUGAAACGGAUCCCUGAGCAAUGACUUAACCUCGCUGUGGCCUAGAUACAGAGUGGACACGGGACAUCAUGUAAUACACACACGUGCACAUACAUACACACAAAACACUGUAUUAUACACUGAGUUAAGAGCUACUCUCUUAUGUAACAUUGCUGUAACUGGUUACUAAAUGAGCCGCAAACUGAUUCACACCAGCUAACAGACCCCAACUCUUACCCUUACCCUAAAUUACGUGUAUAAAUGUUUUGUCUCUGUGAAAACACUCUCUAAGACUCUCUUGACUUCUUGCCAGCUGGCACUGUAUCCUCAAUGCUGACUAGACGAAGAAGCUCACUGCACUAUUCUUAAAAACCAAAACCUGUAGUAACAACGGUGUUUUUACCAUCUUUUACCUCACUGCAUUAUUCAUACGUUAAUGUAUGUCAGUCAAUUGUGACAUGCUUGUGUGGAUUUUGCCACGGCGUUGCAGUGUCUGAGCGUUAGUGCCAUUUAGAAUAACACACCUAAGUAGAAGUAGGUGCCGAAGAAGAGUCGAACUCUCACUUUUUAUAGCGUUUUCAUAAACUAUCACUCAACACUGAUAAUAAUUCACAGCUAUAACUUUUUAUAUACUAGUGUUACAUCAUCUGUACGACCCACAGGAAAACUGUCAAAGUCUUAGUUAUGACUUUCUAACAGCCUGUUCUUAGUCGGCUUUGAAGAAAAGAAAAAAAAAGAUUUAAAAAAUAAAGCAUCAAAAGCCUUAUGAAACUUAUGAACCUCGCCAAAGGCUGAGAGUAUGAAGGUGGGAGAAUCACGUAACAUCCAUGAAAAGAAUUUACUUCCUUUUGUCUUAAUGCUGUAGUUUGUGCAAUAGUCUUAAGUGUUAACUGCAAUGACGAGUAUUUGCCAAGAGCUCUCUGAGAGUGAUGUGAAAAUUGUGCUUGUAAAUAACAAUACGACUCCUGUGUUCCUGUCACUUAUGUCGUUCCGUACGAAGGGAUUGUAAAAUGUUUGUCGAAACUGACACUUUCACGUCUUAGUGGCUCCAUAAAACUAUUUGACAAAAAGGCUUCCAGUGGCACAUGAGGCUUUCUCACUGUUAAGAUACUGUUGAAUCUCUUCCUGUUCAAAUGAAACAUUUGCAUGCAAUGUUUUUCACGAGUCGAAAUGUACUGUCAACAUUUGAAAUUACGUCUUUUUACCUUUUUUUUCUGGUUGACACUGAGAUUGAUACAGACUCGAUGGGGGUGGUCUUUUGUAAGAUUUUCUAAUGGAUGGUUUUGUUUGAGUGUCAAGAGAUUUCUAUGCUGUAUAAAGUAUUUUAAAUAUUUAUACUGAA